AAUCGCCAUCAGUCCCAACAACCAUGAGGUUCACAUCUAUCAGAGCGGUAACCAGUGGGUGAAGAGUCAUGAGCUGAAGGAGCACAAUGGACACAUCACAGGUAUCGACUGGGCUCCUAAGUCCGACCGUAUCGUGACGUGUGGGGCGGAUCGUAACGCCUACGUCUGGUCCCUGAAGGACGGCGUCUGGAAGCCCACGCUGGUCAUCCUGAGAAUCAACCGAGCUGCGACCUUCGUCAAGUGGUCUCCUCUGGAGAACAAGUUCGCUGUGGGCAGCGGAGCCAGACUCAUAUCAGUCUGUUACUUCGAGUCUGAUAACGACUGGUGAGGACUAGACAGGACUGACUCAUAUCAGU